AUGACCACACCGCCAAUUGCAAUGAACACCGUGACGGGUGGUGGCGCCGCCGCUCAGUUCCGGAAGGUCCUGAUAACCGGGGUGAGCCGUGGCCUGGGCAAAGCCUUAGCUCUCGAAUUGGCUAAGCGUGGUCACACCGUAAUCGGCUGCUCCCGCUCUCCAGACAAGCUUCCCUCCCUCCAGUCGGAGCUAUCCUCUGCCUCCGACAACAAGAGCAACGCCAACCAGCACCUCAUUAUGAAUGUUGAUGUGAGGUCUAAUGGUAGCGUCGAGGAGUUGGCCCGUGCUUUGGUGGAGAAGAAGGCCAUUCCAGACAUUAUAGUGAACAAUGCUGGUACAAUAAAUAGGAACAAUAGACUAUGGGAGGUUCCACCAGAUGAAUUUGACACAGUUAUUGAUACGAAUAUCAAGGGGACAGCAAAUGUACUGCGGCACUUUCUUCCAAUAAUGACUGAAAACAAGCAUGGGAUUGUUGUUAACAUGUCGUCUGGAUGGGGAAGAUCUGCCGCUGCACAGGUGGCUCCUUAUUGUGCCUCAAAAUGGGCAGUGGAGGGUUUGACGAGGGCAGUGGCAAAGGAGUUGCCUGCUGGAGUGGCUAUUGUUGCUCUCAAUCCUGGUGUAAUUAACACUGAGAUGCUCCAGUCAUGUUUUGGAAGUUCGGCUGCUCUAUAUCCGACUCCUGAAUCAUGGGCUCCCAAGGCAGCUAACCUGAUUCUCCAUCUGACGGCGGCAGAUAAUGGUGCAUCUCUCACCGUGUGA